UUUUAAAUCUCUGAUCGUCUUAAUAGACAGAACUAUAUUAGGUCAAAGUUUACAUGAGUGCUAAAAUUAGAAACCGUGCCAUUGGUGAUGCUGACGUCUUUGUGAGAAUUCACAUUUCACCAAGUAAUUAGUUCAAUAAUCACGAAGACAUAUCCGGCAUCACUUCAUAGUAAGUAGUUAUCACCUAAAUGCUUCCUGUGCAGAACUCAGAACAAUGAGCUUUUUGUUGACGACUUUACAGGGAAGCAACUGAUGUACUUACUGUCAGUCUGUACUUCCCCAAUAUAUUUCCCCAUGUGGUCCUGAGACUUGGAUUUCUCUCAUUGCUCUUUACACUCACACUCAGAAUGAUGGGAAGUAAUAUCUUAUGGUCUUGUGUCUUGAUGUUGGAUGUUGUGUUAACUGCCAGUGAGAAUGACACGACUGCCACCCUGACGACCAUCACCACUACAGACCAGACGUCCACCACGACCAGCAAACCUGACGAAGGAAGCAUUCACUCCAAGAACUUGUGGAUUCCUCUCGUCGUCUCUGUCUUUAUCUUGUUCAUCGCUUUAAUUGUCUUCUUCAUUGUAUACCGGCUGACAUCGAGGGCACACAGAAGUGUAGUUGAUCGCAGCAAAGUGAGGCAGUUCGUCAGGAUGUCUUCAGAUGUCAGUGGAAGCUGGAAUUACUGCAAGUGGAGGCGGAUUUUGCGGACAGAAGGUGGUCUGUGGGAGUUCAGUCGCUUACACCAACUGCUGGGCAUCGGGGGCGACUACAGCAACGUGGCAGAUGACUUGGAAAGCCCAACAGUCAGUGGCAGGGUGGGAGCCGACAGAUUUUACGAAACCAUCGACAACGAAACAGAAGUCAGAAACCAUCUUCCCAAGAUUUCCGCCUCGGGCGAUCCUCCAACUUCUCUGGACAACACCACUCAACAUAGAGAGUCAAGUACUGACUGCUCACCCGAUAAACUGUAUUCGAAGACCAACGAGCUUCAGUUGACGGAAGGUGAAGCUGCUCGUCCAGACGACUACAAUCACUUAGGCGAGAUUCUCGAGAGACAAGAGAGUCGAACAGAUCCAGAUGCUGGCCCUGACGACUAUAUUUCCAUCCGGAAAAUUCGCGAAAGAAAACAAGCCGUAAAAGGCUUAACAUCGGAUCCAGUUACUGGCGCUGAUGAGUAUAUUUCCCUCGGGAAAAUUCGCAAAAGAAAAGAAGUUCAAAAAGGUUUAACAUCAGCUCCGGUUACUGCCACUGACGAGUAUGUCUCUAUCAGGAAAAUUCGCGAAAGAAAAGAAGCCCAAAAAGCAGAGGCAGACAACAGUGGGGACGACUAUGUACCCAUCACCGACAUCUGUGAGCGGAAAAGGAAAGCCAAGGCAGACGCCUUGGACAGUACUUACGUGUCGAUCAGUGACAUCAAAUCGAGGAAGAAAAUGAAACGAGCAGAUGGCGAUAAAAGACUCUGGGACACAGGAAGAACAGCAGGUACUCUAAAAGAUCAGGUAACGGAGGACAAUGUCGAUGUCACUGAUGCCAGUCCUGACGACAGUGCCACCUGUCGGACAUCCACGGAUGAUGCCAGCAAGCGUGUGUCUAUCGUACUUCUCGACACCAACGGUCAGUGUGUCACCGUGGACUUCUCGACAGAAACAUUGCAAAGACCCCUGUAGGUGCCACCCGCCACCCGCAUCUGGUUUGUGAUACGGCCGCUGGAUAGAUACCCAGGAUGUGGAUUGUAAACUUAUUCCAUAUAUAUAUAUUCCACACACACAUUUUUCCACUGGAAAAUGUAAGUGAAUAGGAGCUACAACACUAUGACAUAUAAUAGACAGUUGUGAAUAUUAGAAAGGUCGACAAGUGAAAAGUUUAAAAGUGUUGAUGACAAAACUAAGGUUUCCAUGAUAACAAUCAAAAUAAAAUAAAAAAAAAAAACAGAGGACGAGAACUACUCAUGCACACACGAGCUAACAAUCCAGUCGACAGAACACAAAGCAAAUAACAUUUACAUACUUAUAUAUCUUUAUUUGGACAUGCGUGCUUUGCAUGUACAUGUCUGAAGAAUAAUUAAAAAACGUCUGAGCACUCUCAAACUUGUACAUGCCAUAGAAUGUUUGUAAAACCGUCUGUCUCCAGCUUUCGAGUAUAAAUUUCAGAUGCAUUCAUCACACCCUUCUGAUUAAAAAAAAAAAAUGGUUUAAUAUACUUUUUUCCAUAAAUAGUCUUGGACACAUGCCUUACACCAGCUGACAUAUUCGUCAAAACAUAAGCCCGCACAUUUAUCACACAAGCUGUAAAACAAAGGCGGCAGCUGGUAAUGACUCUCUGCGUCUUUCAAGUCCAGAAUAAAAAGAAAGUUUACAGGUGCAAGAACUGCGGUAACUGAAACAUUUUUUUGGUUUGGUCACGUGAUGUAUAUCAUUCUGCUCGCACAGCCUGCAAGGCGCUUAAUGUAUCACGGUUGCAGUAAGUUUUUGUGGAAACGAGCAGGAGACUAGUUCAAUGUGAUGAAACUUUUGGUGCAUGUGCACGAGCAUAGACUGUGAUUAUAAUGACAAGGCUUGAAGUUUGUUUUGUUGGUUGUUUUGUUUUGUUUUCUUCAUCCAGAACGCGCUCGUGAAAACACUAUCAAUGUCACGUGCUCAACUACCCCUUGGACAUAAAAGCAAAUUGUAUACUGUACAAAGCGGUUGUUGUGAACUACUGUCCUACUCUUGUUGAAAAACUUCUGAACAAAUAAACCUCAGCAUGUCCAGGCAACAUCA